AUGGAGAUAAAAUACGCUGGAAAGGUUCAGGCAGAAUCAGACGGGCGCAGAGCUGCUCCUCCUAGAUCCUCCAUAAAGAGAGUGAUCACCUGUGAUGACAGCAGCAAUGUUCAUCGCCUGAGCUGCGAAAGCGGAGUGAUCCAUCUGCUGUCGGUUCUGUACGGACGCGCUGACACUACGACCUGCGGGGAAAACAAACCCAGACAGCAGCUCUCCAACACUGAAUGCUCCCAGGAUGGCUCUCUGGACAAACUCCUGCAAAGAUGUGAAGGGAGGAAGGUUUGUGAAGUGAAUGCCGCCUUCUUUCGUACUUCUGAUCCGUGUGUUGGUAUCUACAAAUAUGUGGACACCCACUAUGUUUGCAUCCCUGCAGUUCACACCGUGACCUGUGAAGACUCGGUGGCAGACCUUCAGUGCGAUUUUGGACCGGUCAUCUCUGUGAUUGGGGCUUUUUAUGGACGCAGCGACCCGACCACGUGCUCCUUUCAGCGUCCUUCCUCUCAGCUGCAGAAAACCGACUGUUUGAGGCCCUCAUCCGAGGUCUCUGCCAGGUGUGACGGCAAACACAGCUGCUCCAUCAAAGCAUCAAACUCUGUUUUUAAAGAUCCUUGUUAUGGAACCUACAAAUACCUGGAGGUAUCCUAUAGCUGUGUGUGUAAGUAG